CCCAGACAGAAGCUGAUCAACUCUGUGGAUGUCUGUGUGGACGAGGCUCUGUGUGGGCUGGUGAGGGCCAGCGGGGGCCUCUCUCUGAUGGGGGGGGGCCACAGGGUGCUGCUGCGCUCAGACCUGAACAAUAUCAGGGGGAAAGUGGCUGUGCUGUCGGGAGGGGGGUCCGGACACGAGCCUGCACACGGGGGUUUUCUGGGUGUAGGCAUGCUCUCAGCAGCUGUAGCAGGGGGAGUGUUUGCUUCUCCUCCUCCUGCCAGCAUCCUGGCGGCCAUUCUGUGUUUGCACAACGCAGGUGCCUCAGGGGUCCUCCUCAUCGUGAAGAACUACACCGGCGACCGCCUCAACUUCGGAUUGGCUGCUGAGCAGGCCCGUAACCAUGGCGUUGACGUCGACAUGGUGAUAGUUGCCGACGACUGCGCCUUCAACCAACCCAGUAAGGCGGGAAGGAGAGGACUGUGUGGAACCAUCUUCAUACACAAGCUGGCGGGUGCUUUAGCAGAAGAAGGCUGCUCAUUGGUCCAGAUUGUUUCCAAGGUGACGGAGGUUUUGAAGGGGAUCGGGACUCUGGGGGUGAGUCUGUCUCCCUGCAGUGUCCCCGGCUGUCUCCCCUCUUUUGACCUGCCGCCGGGAGACAUGGAGAUUGGGUUGGGGAUCCACGGUGAGCCUGGAAUCAAGAGAUCAAAGGUGGCGUCUGCUGACGAGGUGGUGAAGACCAUGAUAGAUCACAUGACCAACAAUGACAGCCAAUCACAUCUGCCGCUCAAGUCAG